AUGGUGGGCUCGAGGUCAGGCGGGGGCGGGGGUGGUGGGGGAGCUGCCGGACGGGCUAAGUUUUCGGUGGAGGAGUUUUAUGGCCUCAACAACAACAAGAAGCCCAAGUGCAUGGGGCCACCCAUCAAGUCGGCCAUGGGGAGGAACCUUGGGCAGCAGGAAGACCUCACUGAGGAGGCCAGGAAGGCCCUGGAGCAACAGAGGCUAGAGAUGUUUCUCCAGGAGUGCCAGCUGUCACUGGGUGACACCGUCGCUGAGCAGACUGGCAUGGUGUACAGGAAUCUGGGGAAAACUGGUCUGCGAGUAUCUUGUGUGGGAAUAGGAAGUUGGGUAACAAUUGGCUCCCAGAUCUCGGAGGAGGCUGCUGAGGACAUCUUGACUGUCGCCUACGAGAAUGGGGUCAACCUGUUCGACACGGCCGAGAUCUACGCAUCGGGCAAGGCUGAGGUGACGCUGGGAAACAUCAUUAAGAAGAAAGGCUGGAGACGAUCCAGUUUUGUCAUCAGCACCAAACUGUACUGGGGAGGACAGGCAGAGACGGAGAGGGGACUUUCCCGCAAACACAUCAUUGAAGGACUGAGGGGCUCCCUGGAACGGUUGCAGCUUGAAUAUGUUGACAUUGUCUUCGCAAACAGACCAGAUGUUACUGUCUCGUCCGAGGAGAUUGUCCGAGCCAUGACAUUCCUCAUCAACCAGGGUGAAACAAUGUACUGGGGAACAUCACGAUGGAGCACUGUGGAGAUCAUGGAGGCUUAUUCUGUGGCCCGACAGUUUAACCUGAUUCCUCCAUCGUGUGAGCAGGCAGAGUACCACCUCUUCCAGCGCGACAAGGUUGAGACUCAACUUCCUGAACUCUACCACAAGAUUGGUCUAGGAGUUAUGACCUGGUCUCCACUGGCGUGUGGCUUAAUCACUGGAAAGUAUGAAGACUGCAUUCCAGAACAUUCCAGGGCUUCCUUACCGGGCUACGAGUGGCUGAAGACAAAGAUAACCAAUGAGGAAGGCCAGCUGCAGCAAGCCAAGAUCAAGGCACUGCAGCCGAUCGCCAACAAGAUGUCCUGCACCCUUGCCCAGCUGGCGAUUGCUUGGUGCCUAAUGAAUGAGACUAUUAGCUCCGUCCUGCUGGGAGUGUCAGAUGCAGAACAACUCCGUGAAAACCUUGGCGCCAUUCAGAGCCUGGUGCUCUCUGCUUUCUUCCCAUUGGUCGGCCCCUGGAAGAUGUCUGGUGGUCUCCAGGAUGCAGCAAUCAGCAGUUUCCUGCAGUUCAUCGAAGAGAAAGGCUUCAAGAUCUACAAUUCACUGACUAAACAGAGCUGUGAGACCGGCAAGUUAUCCAGGUGUCUGCGAGGCGAGAUGAACCUGCUGUACCGGAAAACCAAGGUGGAAUGGAAACAUCGGGAGGAGGAGUCAAAGAAAAGGUAG